AGCACACCUUACAACUUCUAUCGCUUUAAACAUCAGCUAUUCAGCAAUGCUCUCUUCUACUUUCAGCUCUGCUCAUAUGUCUGCACUACGGCUGGCAAAGUCUGCAACCUCUUUGCUUAUACCUUCCUCAUGCUCUGCAUCAACCACACUAAUUCCUGGCUUCCAACGGCAAUCUGCUGCUGUUCUUUUGCAAGCUUCUCGAGCCUAUCAUGAAAAGGUUCUUGAACAUUACAGCAAGCCUCGAAAUGUAGGCUCCAUGUCCAAGACUGAUCCAAAUGUCGGCACAGGUCUCGUUGGUGCUCCCGCAUGCGGUGAUGUGAUGAAACUCCAAAUUCUUGUUGACGACGUCACUGGCGAGAUCAAGGAUGUCAAGUUUAAAACUUUUGGCUGUGGAUCUGCCAUUGCGUCUUCAUCUUUUGCAACCGAAAAAAUCAAGGGCAUGUCGGUCUGGGAUGCUGCUAAAGUGAAAAACACUGACAUUGCCAAGGAGUUGUCUCUGCCUCCAGUUAAACUGCAUUGCUCAAUGCUUGCUGAAGAUGCAAUCAAAUCUGCUGUCAAAGAUUGGGAGUCGAAGCGACAGGCUCGCAAAGCUUUGGGGCAUAUGGCGUCUGCCAUCUCUUAAAUUCUGAACCAACACUUUGAUGGCUUACUCAUCAUUGGCCUUUAAACAUCGAGCUCUUGUUUUUACCUCUUACUGGACUGAAUUUACAUGCAUUUAUCAGAGUAGUUUUACCAUUUUAUUGGAAUAGCAAAUAUAUCUUAUUUGAACU